AAGCCCGGUGCGAAGGCCACCGCGCGCGACGUCUUCCUCGCCCGCGCCCGCCCACACCACGCAAAUCCAAUAAACGCCUCGGCGCGCGCGCGCGCUAUAAUUCUAUAAAUACGGCGCUUCGGCGGACGUGCCUUGUUGCACAGUUGGCCGGCCGGUUGGCCCAUGCACAUGGCGGUAGCAGGAGCCCGAGCCACCCCAGCAGCAGCGCCCUUCGCCCUCUCGCACGCUGAUCUCUUAUCGUUCCCGAUGGCGUGUCAUCACCCUUGCGGAGGCGGCGGCUCCGCCUCCGCCUACCACGGCGCUGGCCCCGCGGCAGUUUUCCCACCGACCCCCUUCGAUGCGGCAGGACCCGGGGCUCUGCUGCAGCACGAGUGGCUAGACGUCUUCGAGUACCUGUCGGAUGAAGGCGUGCCGGCUGCUGUGCCUGGCACGUUCGGGACGCCGCCGCCGCCGCCGUCGCGGAUUCCGGUCGAGGCGCCGGUCGUGGCGGAUGCCGCAGGAUACUGUCGUGCUAGGGGUGCGGCGGCCGUAGUGGCGGGGGAGGGGGCCAGGAGGACGGACAGGAUCGCGUUCCGGACGAGGUCGGAGGAGGAGAUACUCGACGACGGCUACAUGUGGAGGAAGUACGGCAAGAAGUACGUCAAGAACAGCCCUAACCCGAGGAACUAUUACCGGUGCUCGACGGAGGGCUGCAACGUCAAGAAGAGGGUGGAGCGAGAUAGGGACGACCCGAGCUACGUUGUGACCAUGUACGAGGGGGUGCACAACCACGCGUGCCCCGGCACGGUCUACUACGCCUCCCAGGACGCCGCCUCUGGCCGCUUCUUUGUCGCCGGGAUGCAUCACCUGGGCUCUUGAAAUUGAAGCACGAUAUUGUGGACAGUGCAUGCAUAUGUCCAGGGGAGGGCUUGGUGCGUUGUUAGUUCCCCUGAUUGCAAAAUAUAGAUGGCCUCGUCUGAAAAAUGAACUAUGUAUAGGCAGUUUUAGAUGCUGACACGACGAUCACUAACUUGGCAGUUUGUCUAGAAAAUUAAGUGUACUUCAAAUGGAAUCUCUAUAGCACCUUAUGUGCAUCUAGCAUAAUGGGGGCAACGGGUCAGUCCGGAUUGGACGGAGCGAGAACGCAUCUGAUCCGAAACUCGAGACAGUAAAUCCGAUCCAACCCUGAAAUGCUUAUCGGGUGCAAAAUUAUCUCUAGUCCUGCCCUACUGGGGAUCCAAGACUCGACAGCGGCGAUGGCGAUGACAUGCGGCCGGGGCACAGCGACAACAGGCGGCUAGGGCGCGACGACAACGAGCGCGGUCGUGAUGCGUGGCCCGACAAUGGACUGGCAGCACCGCAACAGAUUGGGUUGGCAUGUGAGCUAGCUUCCUUGUUUCAGGAGCCAUAGGGCACCCCGCGGGGCCAAACGUAGCCCUGGCCUCAAAUCUUAUUUAGGUCGAAGCCCCAGCCUAAUAGCCCUGCGGAGCCAUUUUGUAACAGCUCAAAUGGCUUAAGCAUGUCAUUAAGCAUCAUAAACAUCAUUGGCAUCAUGUUUAAUUGUUUUGGUGAAU